AUGCUCUGCCUGCGCAAGCCUUGGACCACUCGUCUGCAAGGAGUGGCACGUGCCAGCUCAACACAGGCGCUGGCUUCGCCUCUGGCAGGAAUACGGGUGCUGGAGCUUGCCAGCGUUCUCGCUGGGCCUUCGGUCGGCCAAUUCCUUGCAGAGCUGGGUGCCGACGUUGUGAAGGUCGAGAACCGCAAGACUGGCGGGGACGUGACCCGGUCGUGGCGAUUGCGCGGUGACAGUCCGCAGCAGGCCACCAGCUACUUCUCCUGUUGCAAUCUGGGAAAGCGCUCCCUGGCCGUCGAUGCAUCCACGGACCGCGGCCGAGACUUAUGCAGGCGUUUGGCCAUUUCAUCUGAUAUUGUCCUCGCCUCCUACAAGCCUGGGGACGAUGUAAAGCUGGGACUCGAUGCUGCGCAGCUCCGCUCCGAGGCACCACGGCUCAUCUAUGCCCAGAUCACUGGGUACGGCCUUGAUGAUCCACGUACCGGCUACGACGCUGUGAUCCAGGCAGAGUCGGGCUUCACCUUCAUGAACGGCGCACCUGCUCACCAGGGCGGAGGCCCAACGAAGAUGCCCGUGGCCCUCGUGGACUUGCUUGCAGCGCAUCAGCUCAAGGAGGCAAUCCUCCUAGCCUUGUUCAACCGAGAGCGCUUCGGAGAAGGUGCGCACGUGCACGUGUCCCUCAUGGCAGCAGCGGUCGCGUCUCUAGCCAACCAGGCCACAGGCUACCUGAUCGCUGGAGAGGUGCCGCAAAGGAUGGGUUCGGACCAUCCAUCAAUCUGCCCCUAUGGCACGGCAUUCUACGACAAGGACGGUGAAGCGCUGAUCCUGGCAGUUGGAACCGAUACCCAAUUCGCAGCGUUGUGCGAGGUGUUGCAGUGCUCGGAUCUUGCCGCGGAUCCGCGCUACAUCCGAAACCCAGAUCGGGUGAUGAAUCGGCAGGAGCUCCACGCUGCACUGGCUGUGGCCGUGGCAAAGUGGCAUCGCGACGAGCUUCUCGUGGCACUGGGUGCAAGGAAGGUUCCUGCUGGGGCAGUUGCCGACAUGGCCAAAGUCUUCGACACGGAUCCGGCUCAGGCCCUAGUGGUCCGUGACGAGGGCGGCAAGCCUGUGGGGCUCCGCCAGGUGGCUUGGCUCGGCGACCGGCCAAGCGCCGAAUCUCCCCGGCGGCCACCAGGCUUUGGCGAGCACAGUGUCGAAGUUCUCACGGAGGAUCUUCAGCUGAGUCCUGCUGAUGUGCAGAGGUUGCUCGAAGACGGUGUGGUGCAUGCCGACGAAAGCCGAGGGUUGUGA